UACAACCAUUAUUUCUAGUUGAUGAAAAUGAAAAGCUUUAUAAACCAUGUUUUGCCAACAGACCAACUGAAUCAUGUUUCUAUGCCAACUCAACAUGUAAUAUUUCUAUUAAGUCAUCGACAGAUAAUUUUACAGAUUCAAAGAUAUGUACAAUUUUCAAUACCCAGCACAACAUUAUAUUUAAUAGCACUUAUCCAAAUAAGAAUUUGGAUGAGUUCGCAGAUGAUUUGAGAAUUAUAAAAUUUUCUAAAUUUUUAAUUUCACAGCCAAGCGAAAAUAAUGUUUUAGGCUGCGUUAGUGCAUAUGUUGAUACUCUUGAGCAAAAUUCUUCUGGCAGUUUCUCGAAUUUAUAUAAUGUUCCAUUCGCUAUUAUUGUUGUUUUUACAGUAAUUAGCUUUGUGUUAACACAAACUGGUGCUAUACAAAGUAUUAGCAAAAUUUUUAUAAAUCAUGAUAAAGCAAAAAAUGGUAAUAGCGCAAAUAAUA